AUGCCGAUCGAGUUCACUGUGUUCAAAGGGGGGAAAGAUGGGUCAAUUCGUCAGGAGACGACCCGUCGCGACGACCUGAAACGAGACGACGUUCUUGUUCGAGUCACCCAUUCAGGUGUUUGCUUUACCGAUGUUCAUUAUCGGAACUCAGAUAUGGCGCUGGGUCACGAAGGAGCCGGAGUGGUUGAGGAGACUGGCCCGGACGUGAAGGUGCUGAAGAAGGGUGAUCGGGUGGGCUGGGGAUAUGAACACGACUGCUGCGGCCACUGUCGAGAGUGCUUGACUGGUUGGGAGACUCUCUGCGCCGAGCGCAAGAUGUAUGCCAUGGCCGACCUUGACCAGGGGUCAUUUGCUAGCCAUGCAGUUUGGCGCGAGGCCUUCUUGUUCCAAAUCCCCGACAGAGUCUCCAAUGAGGACGCCGGUCCCUUGAUGUGCGGCGGGUCGACGGUGUGGAAUGCACUUCACGUCGCUCAGGUGCGUCCGACCGCGCGCGUGGGAAUCGUGGGUGUGGGUGGAUUAGGCCAUUUGGCUAUCCAGUUUGCAGCGAAGAUGGGUUGUCAAGUCAUCGUCUUCUCAGGUACCGAUAGCAAGAAGCAAGAGGCGAUUGAAUUGGGGGCAACCGAGUUCCUAGCCACCAAGGGAGUGAAGGAGUUAAAGCUUCAGAAGCCCAUCGAUAAUCUGAUCGUCACCACGAGUAGCCAGCCGGAUUGGAAACUUUACCUCAAUAUUAUGGCCCCCAACGGUGUCAUUUCCCCGCUUUCAGUGGACGCGGGUGAUCUCAAGAUACCCUACAUGCCGUUGCUGGUGAAUGGUCUUCGCGUUCAAGGUGGCAUCGUCUCCGCGCGACAAGUUCAUCGCGAUAUGCUUGAGUUUGCUGCUAUUCAUGGCAUUAAACCAGUGAAGAUGACCUUUCCGAUGACUUUGAAAGGCGUGACGGAUAGCUUAAAGACCUUAGAAGACGGCAAAAUGCGGUAUCGCGGUGUUCUUAUCGCAGAGAAAUAG